GAGGAUGUUGGUGGUUCCGACGAGCCGUUCGACGUGGCCACGGCGUGCACGUUGCGCAUCAUCCAGAUCACCGACGUGUACGUUCUCGAGAACUUUCCGCAUUUGCGGACCCUGAUCAAGGAGAAGCGCGCGGAGCUGGAGGCGAGCUCUCCGUCCAGCAGGACCAUCAGCAUGCUCACCGGGGACUUCCUGGCGCCCUAUCUGCUCUCGUCCUUCGACAAGGGCCGGGGCAUGAUGCAGAUGUUGAAUGGGACGCCCAUCGACUAUCUCACCUGGGGCAACCACGAGGACGAUGUUGGGCACGCGGCAGUCAUGAAGCGGGAAAGGGAGUACAGGGGCGUUUGGAUCAACACUAACAUGCAGUCACAUGAGUCCUUUGCCGAUUCCAAGUGCCAGGUGGAGGAAGCGGUGAUCGAAGUCCGGUCGCCUGACGGGUCCAACACGCGCAGGAUAGGCAUGAUUGGCAUCCUCAGCAACUCGCCGAGCCUCUACAAGCCCACCUCGUUCGGUGGCGCUGAGAUCCGCGACCCCUGGGAGACCAUGAAGGUCUACAAGGAGAAGCUUGAGCGGGGCGGCUGCGACGUUGUCAUCCCUCUCUGCCACCUCUACGAGCCCCAAGACGAGCGCACGUGCAAGGAGUUCGACUUCCCGCUGAUCCUCAGCGGCCACGACCACCACGUCGUGGACAGGACGAUCGAGGGCACGCGCCUGCUGAAGCCUGGCCUGGAUGGCCACAAGGCCUGGAUGGUCGAUGUGACCUUCUCGUCCUCCGCCAGCAGAUCCCCGAUCGUGUCUGCCCAGCUCCUCAACGUGAAGGACUGGCCCGCCGACGCAGAGCUGGCCAAGGAGGCCGACGAGGCCUACUCGGUGCUCGACCCCCUGAGGAAGACAGAGCUGGCGAGGAUCCCGUCCAAGUUCAGGCCACUCACCUCUUUCAACGCGAGGGGAUGCAGGGUCUCGAUGGGCACCUACCUGCUCUCGUGCAUCCGCGACGCCCUGAACAUGUUCGACCCCAUCGGGAGCGAGGCUUCGUGCGACUGCGCCCUUCUGAAGGGCGGGAACGUGCGCGGCGGCAAGGACUACGCCGAUGACGAGGCCCUCACCCUUGAGGUCCUCCAGUCGGAGCUGGAGGAGACCAAGGAGAUAUUGAUCAUCCCGGUGCCGGGCUUCCUCCUACGCAUCGGCCUGUGUGAGACAUGGGCGGCGCCGAACCCUGGCUGGAUGCAGAUGGACGACGGCAUCGAGCUGGACCAGAACGGUUUCGUGGAGAGGGUGAACGGGAAGCCGUUGGACAUCUCCAAGGUGUACAAGGUGGCUAGCAUCGUCGACUUCUGGCGCAAGCGCGACUCGCCAAGCAUCGGCGCCUACUUCGAGGUCAACCCAGGCCAUCUGCCGGAGCACGACUCGGGCUAUCCAGUCCACGCGCUGCUCAUCCGCCUGUUCGCUAUGGACCUCUGGGCACGCAUCUGGAAGGCGCUGGGCAUCAACAUCGAAUCGGGCGAAAUAUCCGCCGAGGCGUUUGGGCGGAUGGACUUCGACAAGGACGGGAAGCUGUCCCACGAGGACAUCCGGAAGUCCAUCGAGAGCCUGGCCGACUUCCGCACCUACGCUGGCCAGGAUGUGGUCGUGAAGCACAUGUUCGACGAGAUCGCCUCCUUCGCGAGACAGACCUCGGACACCGAGCACCUGCACCAGGAAACACUGCAGACCGCCGCCAAGCACCUAUCGAGCACCAGCCUCAGCCAGCGGAGCCUGGACGACGACAGCGAAGAAGACGAGGCCGUCCCCGCGUGAUUUUCCACCUAGGAGCGCGGGGGCGGGCCGGUUUUCCUGGCCCGAGGGCGCUCGCGGCUGGGGCGGGCCCGGUUUUCCCGGCCGAU